UUAACGCUUCACAACCGGUGGAGGUUUGGGCAAAGUUCCUGUUUAACAUAUUCCUUGAAUUCUAUAGUGUCUGCCAUCGGAGGAAAUACACAGUUAAUAUCGUUUACUGAUUCUUUAUGCAGUAGGAAUCAAUUUUGCAUAUUGGAUAGCAAUAUCCUCAUAUUGAACACCUGCGAAACAACCGGAUAUUCGAUUUGGAGGGAAGUUGUUGAGCGUACACGUUUGGGAAAGCAGUGGCCACAGGCAAGAUUCUCAAGGGAUGGUAAAGCAUACCCAGUGGUCAGGUUAGGACUGCGGUUCCUCCCCAGGGUGCUGUUUGGUGCUGUGUCUGCCGGUAGGACCAGCUGGGGGGGGGGAUGUGUUCCAGCGGGGUGCCAGCAGGGUCCAGCCGCAGGGGCAGUCGGUCAGGCUCUUCGUACGCCCUGUGUGCCCUGGGGGUGGGGCUGAUAGCCCUGGGCAUCAUUAUGAUCGUGUGGACGGUGGUGCCCGCGGAUGCAGUCGGCCACACGUCCAAAGCUCCGGGUAACUUCAGCGUCACGGUGCCAGUCGACCACGGCGCCAGUGACAAAGAGGCUGUUAAUACCUCAUCGAUUGCCUAUGUGCUGGUGGGGUCAGGGGGGGGCAUGCUGCUGCUCUCCAUCUGCCUGGGGGUGAGGAACAAACGGAGGGAGCGACAGAGCGGGCAGGCAGCACGGGCCGUGAGUGUGCCCUUUGUGGACCAUGAGGCGGAGGCAGAACAGACUGCGAGGGAGGCAGCCCCGGCCUACGACGUGCCCAGCUAUGAAGAGGCGGUCACCAGUGGCCAGUACCCCAUCCGCCAGAGCAACCUCCGCCAAAGCACCUCCCAGCUGCCCUCCUACGAGGACCUCAUCAGCGCCGUGGAAAACGAAGGGUUGGUCCCGGCUGGGGACGCUGCCCCUAGCGGCCCUACGGCUGAGCCCCAGCCCGCCCCCGGCCCCGCCGUCGCUGCCAACCCACCCGUCCGUAGCGGAAGCCGGGCCAGCCGGAUUCUACGGCCUCUCCGGGUACGCAGGAUCAAGUCAGAGAAACUCCACCUGAAGGACUUCCGUUUGAACAUCCGCAGCCCGGCUGACGCCAAGGUGACCAUUGAACCGAUUACACCGCCACCUCAGUAUGACGACAAAAUGCCAGAGUUCUGACAGCGCCGCCCCAACCCCCAAGGGCCCCCCUCCCCCUUAACAUUGAGUAAAACCGCUCUGUCGCUGGAAGACUGACGGAUGACUGUGCGCGUUUCUGAAGAGCAGCAUGUUUUAUGGCAGAUGUGAGUUCAGAGUCUGCAGAGGGCAUCAAGGGUUCUUCCUUCACACUAAGACAAGGGCAUGGCGCUUUGAAACGUGAUGUUUAUCUGCUCCAUGUUGACCCGCUUGUUUUAUCUUUUUCUUUUUUUUUGCACUUUUUUUCCUCAUGCAACACUGUUCUCCCUGUUUAGAAUAAGAUGGCUACAUUUUUUUUUAAACAUGAUUAUCUUUCGCCUUACAGGACAAUAUUAUUAUCUUGUUUAAAAAUACCUCUUUGGGAUCCCGGAAGUGUCCUUACCCUUUCAGACGGAAUGUGUGACAGUGUCAUGGUAAUCUUAUCUUGACUGCAGGUGGGCCUAUUAGCAAAGCAAUCAAUCUACUCAGUGUAUUAUCCCACACUGUGAACCACUCUAAAGAAAUGCCCUGUGGAAGUGGUAGUUUCAUUUCUGUAAGUUAAAUGUAUGGAAUUGUUAAAGGUAUGUUGAACCACUUGCUCUGUUUCUGUGUUGACAUGGUGUUUGAAGUGCAUUGACUGUGAAUCAUGAAAACAACAGUAGGGUAAAAUCCAGUGAAGUCUGACCGGAAGAACUGCAACUUUAUGACACUACUACAAUCUUUACACAGGCAGCAUAAUUCUGACUAUGUAUUUUUGUUGCUGUUACAUUAGUCAGCCUGUUGACCAAUACAUUAUUUUCAUGUAAGAAGGGAAUUUUUUUGCAUAAACCUGGUUGGGUGUACAUUCCACCAGUCAACUACUGGUGUAGUGGCAACCCAGACAUACAAGACAAGCUUGCUGAAUAUGUUUUUUUACGAAGUAAAUCUGUUUUGUUAAAAGUGCCAGUUUGUCCCAGAAUCUGGCUGCCUGUGAAAACUCAUGUUUUGUCUCAUUGGCUUUACUUUCAACAGAAUAGCAGACAUUAGAAUGCACAACAAAAGAAAAUGUCCUGUGUUAAUAACAGUAUGUUUUGGUAAAAUUGCUUUAAAAAAAAGGGAACUUGAAAUAAUAUUUUUAAAGUAAUUACCCAUUUCAUCUGGAAAGAGUUAUGUUUGGGAGGGAAAUUGGAGAAGUAUAAUGUUCUUAGAAUAUUACAUCUUUUUUAUUCACAUUCUCUUUGGUCAUCUGCCAAAGAAAAUAUUGAACUUUGUCCAAUACUCUGUGUCCAUACUGAACCAAACUAAACCAACAGCACUGUAUAUAUGGCUUUUAGUCUGUAAAAAUUACUUAUGUACUUGUUUCUGUCUUAACAAUUAUUGAAGAUUAUGAGUAAUGAAAGGUAUUGUCUGUUUUUAAAAGGUUGUAUGUAAAUGUAUUUAUUUUAAAAGUUUUACAGAGCAUAUUUUUGGAGGAGUUGAGAAAUUAAAAAAACAUAACUGAAUUGUUUUUGUCAUGUAUGCCUCAAAGAUGG